AUGGAGCAAAUCCUGGCGGAGUUCCAGCUGCAGGAGGAGGACUUGAAGAAGGUGAUGAGGCGGAUGCAGAAGGAGAUGGACCGCGGCCUGAGGCUGGAGACGCAUGAGGAGGCCAGUGUGAAGAUGCUGCCCACCUACGUGCGCUCCACCCCGGAGGGCUCAGAAGUCGGGGACUUCCUCUCCCUGGACCUGGGCGGCACCAACUUCAGGGUGAUGCUGGUGAAGGUGGGGGAGGGCGAGGCGGGGCAGUGGAGUGUGAAGACCAAGCACCAGAUGUACUCCAUCCCUGAGGACGCCAUGACAGGCACCGCCGAGAUGCUGUUCGACUACAUCUCCGAGUGCAUUUCCGACUUCCUGGACAAGCAUCAGAUGAAGCACAAGAAGCUGCCCCUGGGCUUCACCUUCUCCUUCCCUGUGAGGCACGAGGACAUCGACAAGGGCAUCCUUCUCAACUGGACCAAGGGCUUCAAGGCCUCAGGAGCAGAAGGGAACAACAUCGUGGGGCUUCUCCGAGAUGCCAUCAAACGGAGAGGGGACUUUGAGAUGGACGUGGUGGCGAUGGUGAACGACACAGUGGCCACAAUGAUCUCCUGCUACUACGAAGACCGCCAGUGUGAGGUCGGCAUGAUUGUGGGCACGGGCUGCAAUGCCUGCUACAUGGAGGAGAUGCAGAACGUGGAGCUGGUGGAGGGGGACGAGGGCCGCAUGUGUGUCAACACCGAGUGGGGCGCCUUCGGAAAUGCAGGCGAGCUGGACGAGUUCCUGCUGGAGUACGACCGCCUAGUGGACGAGAGUUCAGCAAACCCUGGGCAGCAGCUGUACGAAAAGCUCAUCGGUGGCAAGUACAUGGGCGAGCUGGUGCGCCUCGUGCUGCUCAGGCUCGUGGACGAGAACUUGCUCUUCCACGGGGAGGCCUCGGAGCAGCUGCGGACGCGCGGCGCCUUCGAGACGCGCUUCGUGUCACAGGUGGAGAGGUGCGUGGGGGCGGGGGCGGGAAAGCAGAGGAGCGGAGACCCUGGGCUGAGAGGGAGCGGCACUGACCGGGUUACUGCUGGUCCCUGGCGGAACCGGGACGCGCUCCCCUCAGGCACCCACGCCCCAAACGCUUUGGCCGGCUUCAAGGAGCGGUUCCACGCCAGCGUGCGCAGGCUGACGCCCAGCUGCGAGAUCACCUUCAUCGAGUCGGAGGAGGGCAGCGGCCGGGGCGCGGCCCUGGUCUCGGCGGUGGCCUGUAAGAAGGCCUGCAUGCUGGGCCAGUGA